AUGCAGUUCGCGCUCGAGGCGAGCACGAAAGAGACGAGCGCGGAUGUGCUGGCGGUGGAGCUGGAAUUUGAUGCCGCGGAUGCCGCGGGAAAAGGACGGGGUAAGGGGCAAAGCUUGGCGUCAAAGUUUUGGAUCUCGCAAGCGCUCGACGCGGACGAAGUCUUGGAUGAGACGUGCGACGGGUUUUACGACGUCUGGGGCGACGCGUUCGAGAGUUCAGUGGAUGGACAAUUGCCCGCGCUCGGAGAUCUGCUCAAGAGGCCACCGGUCACGGCGACGGAGGAAGUUUUCGUCGUGGACAGGCGCACGGAUAUGUUUUUGAACGCGCUCGACGAGUUGGCGCGGGAGACGUGCUCGCAGGUGCCGAACGUACGGGCCCGGUGCGCUGCGCUGGCCAGAUUGGUGAGCGAUCGUUUGGGCGGGUCCGUGAAGACCAUCGACGAUCCAACCCUUGUGCUCGCGACGGCGGAGGAUCGCGAGCAGCUGUUGAACGCGAGCAGUCAGUCGGGAUGUUGUCUGCAUGUCGGGCAUUUAUCCAAGGGAGUCGAACGCCAUCGAGCGAUUUUGUUCAAAACUUUAGCGGCGAGCGCGGGCGUGCCGUGUCGAUUAGUUCGUGGGGAGUACUACUGUGGGAGAAAUUCGGCUCGCGUUAUUUUCGCCGAGGAAGGAUCUGACAUGUGGGUAGAUUUGAUGCUGUGUCCGGGAACGCUGAAACCGUGCUCCGAACCAGACUUCGACGGUGCGCCGCCGACACCGCCUCCGUACACGUACACGCACUCGCGAAAAGAGCCGACCAUGUCGAGUAUGCGCGCAGACAAGGGCAAGUCGCCGCUAGAAAAGCUUCCGAAAUCGCCGCUCGCAACGGGGUCGAACUCAUCCAUCGACGAUUUAGUGUCGUUCGCCCGGGGCACGCAGUCGCAGGCGGCGGCGGCGCCGACGUCUGCGAGAGAAGAGGAAACAGAGUUCUUGGACGAUUCAAACGCGGAAUUGAUAUCGGCCAUUGCGAUUGCGCAUGGAGUAGCGUUAAAGAGCGCGCAAACCGCGUUCAAGCUGGCUGAAAACGGUUCCGAGCGCGCCAAUCUGCUCUGCAACGCUCUCGGGGCGGUGUUGGAAGACGACGCGGCGCACUCGCGCGGCUUGGGGGAGCCUGUUUUGCUACAAGAAGUGUUCAACAUGCUCGUGAGUAAGAAAUGGAUCGUCAGCGAUGCCGUUGGCGCGAUUCUUGCGCGGCGGCGGGAGGAAAUCGACGCACAAGCGCUUAUCAAGGCUGCGGAGCAAGAGGAGCAAUCGCAAGCGCAACGCCGGCGGCGAGAAGAGCAAAAAGCAAAGGCGGCUGAAGAUUUGAUCAAAGCCGCUGAAAGUAGAGUCGCGACGUUUCGGGAAGCGCGGGAGAGUCGACACGAAGAAGAGCAAAGCACCGACUCAAUUAGGGAAGAAUUUAGACGAGAAUGGGAGACGAAGGUGGCUUCGUUAAAUUUGGCGGAGACUCUCGAGUGUUUCGGCGUCGCGGUCGAAGGUGGCGCGCACGCGAACGCGAAGCAACUACGUAGCGCGUACAGGAAAGCGUUGUUGCGCUUCCACCCCGAUCGUCAAGGCGCGAAAGAGUUGCGCGAAAGAGUCGCCGCCGAAGAACGCUUCAAGAUUCUCUCGCAGAAAAUGGAACAAGGGUGA